AUGUCACCAUAUGAUUUGGUGUAUACAAAAAGAGAUAAGGUGCCCUUUCAGAGAAAUGAUCAAUCUGCUGCCCCGGUGACAGGUAAUUCAGAGGUAGAAUUUGUUGAACCUUCUUGUUCUUUACUUGAAAAUAACCCUAUAAACUCUGUUCCUUCAAUUGAUAAUGAAUUACCUAUUGCCUUAAGGAGACCACUUCGUUCUUGCCCAUCAAAGUACAAAUAUCCUAUCUCAAAUUUCAUGUCUUCUCAUCGUCUCUCCCCAUGUCUUAAAUCAUUUGCCUAUCAGUUGUCUUUUGUAUCUGUUCCUCAAACAUUGCAGGAUGCACUGGACAAUCCAAGGUGGAAAGAGGCGAUGGAUGAGGAAUUGAGAGCUCUACGAAAAAACUCUACUUGGGAGUUGGUGGAGUUGCCAAGGGGGAAGAAGGUUGUUGGUUGCAAAUGGGUGUUCACAAUAAAACAUAAGGCAGAUGGCUCUGUUGACAGAUACAAGGCAAGGUUGGUGGCAAAAGGGUAUACUCAAACCUAUGGGAUAGAUUACCAAGACACAUUUGCUCCAGUUGCAAAGAUGAACACAAUUCGGGUCCUUUUAUCUUUAGCAGCUAACUUGGGGUGGACUCUUCAACAAUUUGAUGUGAAGAAUGCUUUCCUCCAUGGAGACUUAGAGGAGGAAGUAUACAUGGACAUGCCUCCAGGUAUAGAUGAGACCUCUCAAGGAAAAGUAUGCAGAUUAAGAAAAUCAUUGUAUGGCCUGAAACAGUCUCCUAGGGCAUGGUUUGGUAGAUUCUCUCAAGCUAUGAAAAAGUAUGGAUAUCGUCCUAGUCAAGCAGAUCAUACAUUGUUCCUACAACAUUCUCGGGAUGGUAGGAUUACUAUUGUUAUUGUUUAUGUAGAUGAUAUCAUUAUGACAGGGGACGAUAUAGAGGAGAUCAGUAAGCUGAAAAUACAAUUGGCCAAGGAAUUUGAUAUCAAAGACUUGGGGACACUACGAUAUUUUUUAGGCAUUGAAGUGGCACAUUCAAAAGAAGGAAUCUUUAUCUCACAAAGAAAAUAUGUACUUGAUCUUCUGACUGAAACUGGAAUGUUAGCAUGCAAGCCUGCGGACACUCCAAUUGAACAAAAUCAUAGAUUGGGAGAGCAAACUGAUGAUACACCUGUUGAUAGGGGGAGAUAUCAAAGAUUGGUAGGGAAGUUGAUAUAUUUGGCUCAUACAAGACCAGAUAUAGCUUAUGCAGUAAGUGUCGUCAGUCAAUUCAUGCACGAGCCACGUGAGGUCCACAUGCAGGUAGUUGAAAGGAUACUUAGAUACUUGAAAUCAGCACCUGGUAAAGGCCUUUUAUUUUCAAAGCAUGAUAACUUUGCUAUAGAGGCUUAUACAGAUGCAGAUUGGGCUGGUUCAGUUUCAGACCGGAGAUCAACCACGGGAUAUUGCACGUUUGUGGGUGGCAAUCUAGUCACUUGGCGUAGUAAAAAGCAAUCAGUUGUUGCUAGAUCUAGUGCUGAGGCUGAGUUCAGGGCUAUGGCCCAUGCCAUUAGUAUUGCUCACAACCCUGUACAACAUGAUAGAACCAAACAUAUUGAGAUUGACAGACACUUCAUCAAGGAGAAAUUAUCACAAGGAUUGAUUUGCACGCCUUAUGUGAAAACCAAUGAUCAACUUGCUGAUAUUCUUACUAAGGGAGUUUCUAGCAAGGAGUUGACUUUUAGCCUUUAUUUUCUUUCCAUACUUGUAAUUGGCUGUUCACUAUUUAAUCCUCCUUUUGGGAGAAGAAUAAGACAAGCGACUAUUCCUGUAUCUCUAGAGAAUUCAACAAUUCAUAGCAUUGAUUCUCCAAAUCUGAAUCAAUUAAUCUCAGAUGAUGAACAUGUCUCUGGAAGAAAUGGCAGUGGCACUAGUCAAGGGUCAACUCCAAGCAAUACACCAGUGAAGCUGAGAAGUUUGGAGGACAUUUAUGCAAGAUGUCACAUGACCAUCAUUGAACCUGAAACUUACUAUGAAGCUGUUGAAGACAAAGCAUGGAAGGAAGCAAUGGAUGCUGAGAUAGAAACUAUUGAAAAGAAUGGAACUUGGGAGCUAGUGGAAAGGCCUACAGAUAAACCAGUCAUAGGAGUCAAAUGGGUGUUCAAAACCAAGCUGAAUCUUGAUGGGACAGUUCAAAAACACAAGGCUAGGCUUGUGGCUAAAGGGUAUGCUCAAAAACCUGGUAUUGAUUAUAAUGAAACCUUUGCCCCGGUGGCAAGGUUAGAUACAAUCAAAACUUUGAUUGCACUUGCAGCACAAAAGGGUUGGAAGUUGUUUCAAUUAGAUGUUAAGUCAACCUUCUUGAAUGGAGUACUUGAGGAGGAGGUUUAUACUGAGCAACCAGAGGGGUUUGAAGUGAAAACAGCAAGUCAUAAGGUCUAUAAAUUAAAGAAGGCCCUCUAUGGUUUGAAGCAGGCUCCCAGAGCCUGGUACAGUGAAAUAAACACCUAUCUAACUAGCUGCAAUUUUAAAAGAAGCACCAGUGAGGCCACCUUAUAUACCAGAACUGAUGAAGAAGGAAAACUGAUCAUUGUCUCUAUAUAUGUUGAUGAUAUAGUUUAUAGUGGAAACAGUAAUGCUUUGCUCAGUGAGUUUAAAAGGGACAUGAUGCAAAAGUAUGAAAUGACUGAUUUAGGACUCCUACAUCAUUUCUUGGGAAUGGGAGUUCUACAAACUGAAAAUGGAGUGUUUAUUCAUCAAAGCAAGUAUGCAAAGUCCUUGCUUGUGAAAUUUGGUCUCGAGGAUUGUAAGUCAGUAACAAUUCCUCUACCCACUGGUGAAAGAUUAAAGAAAGUUGAUGGAAGUGAUUUGGCUGAUGAAGGUUUGUUUAGAAAAAUUGUUGGCAGCCUGUUGUAUCUGACUGCAACCAGGCCUGAUAUAAUGUUUGCAGCCAGUUUGUUAUCAAGAUUCAUGCACAGCCCCACAAAGAAGCACAUGGGAAUUGCAAAAAGGGUUCUUAGAUACAUUCAAGGCACUCUCAGCUAUGGCAUUGAAUUUACAAGGGAUAAUAAUGCUGUUCUGGUUGGCUUUUGUGACUCUGAUUGGGCUGGCAGUGAAGAUGACAGUAGAAGCACAUCUGGAUAUGCAUUCAGUUUUGGUAGUGGAGUUUUUUCAUGGGCUUCAGUCAAGCAAAACACAGUUGCAUUGUCAACUGCAGAAGCUGAAUACGUUUCAGCAGCUGAGGCAACAGCUCAAGCUAUCUGGCUAAGGUUUGUGUUGGAUGAUUUUGGUGAAAUGCAAUCUGAUGCAACACCAUUGUUUUGUGACAACAUGUCAGCAAUAUCAAUGGUCAAAAAUCCUGUUUUCCAUCAGAAAACAAGGCACAUAAACCGAAGGUAUCAUUUCAUAAGGGAAGCUUUACAAGAAGGGGUGAUUGAUAUAAAAUUCUGCAGAAGUGAAGAACAGUUGGCAGAUAUUUUUACAAAAGCUCUGCCCAAAGAUCGAUUCAAUUAUUUGAGGUUGAAGCUUGGAGUUAAACCAGUAAGCAGCUUAGGAGAGGCUGUUGAGAGUUAA